GAUCACGUACCUGUGCACCUUGAGGUGACUACCUCUGAUCAUGUGUACUUCUGGUCCCGAAAUCCGGAGGACAAAGGUUCAAAACCUCAUGGCUUGCACAACGGUCACUUCAAGGCAGCGGCCCAGUCACCAGUUAUUGCCUCUUGCGACGCCCUUUUUCGCAAUAUUCCUUUGGCAACGGGAUUCGUCCCCUCAAAUUGGCGCAACUUGAUGAAUUUUGCAAUUGAGAAAAAGGCAGGCGACUUCCGGCUGUCGAAAAUGCGUACUAUUCAGUUAAUGAAUUCGGAGGCACAGGCGAACAACAAAAAAGCGGGUCGGGCGGCCAUGCAAUAUGCCGAGGAACACUCCUUGAUUCCGGACGGACAGUGCGGUUCUCGGAAACGUCACCAGGCCAUUGAUCUGGCCCUGUCCAAACGUCUGGUCUGGGACUUGUUGAUUCUCAAACGACGCGCGGCUGGGUGGAUCUCUAAUGAUGCCAAAUCCUGCUUCAAUCGUAUUGUUCAUUGGGUGGCAAUCAUUACGAUGCUCCGGUUUGGGCUGACAUGGAGGAUCCUAUCUUCCAUGUUUAACAUGCUGUCAUCAGCGACGCAUCGGGUGCGGACAGGCUUUGGCGAUUCAGAACGUACUUUCAAGCCGCCUUCUGUUAUCCCCUUCCAAGGCUGUAGUCAGGGAAAUGGGGCUGGACCCCCUAUAUGGAUCUCUGUGAGCUCCGUUCUCAUUACCAUGAUGGAAGCGAUGGGUUACGGCUUUGACUGCCUCUCAGCACUGGAGUCACAGUUGGUUACAGCCCAAUGCUUCUGCUUUGUCGACGACACUGACGUUAUUGAGGCUGGCAAUACAGUACAUCACUCAGGUGAAGCUAUAUAUGCAUCGGUGCAGGAGGCCGCCACUCUGUGGGCUGGGGGAAUCCGUGCCACUGGCGGUGCGAUCAAUCCUGAGAAGUCCUUUUGGUGGCUCAUUGAUUUCGAGUGGGACUCCCGCACAGGUAAAUGGAAAUUUCGUGGGAAAAAGGCAGUCGCUCCUGACUUUGAACUCCAAAUUCAAGGUCUCUCAGGCGCUACUGAAUCCUUGCGUCGCCUUGAACCAGACGACUCGGAACGCACUUUGGGAGUUAUGCUUUCUCCCUUGGAAAACCUUGAGGCUCACAAGGCUCAGUUGGUUGCUAAAGCCAAGGAUUGGGCAGAACAGCUUCGACCCAACCUGCUUCACAAAUAUGAUGUCCUCCCCCUCAUCAAGUCGACCAUCAUGAAGAAAUUGGAGUAUCCGAUGGCGCUAACAACCCUGGAUGCCCAGCAAUGGACAGACAUUAUGUCUCCGGUACUUCAAGUGUGCCUUCCGAAGGCGGGUGUCUGUCGUAAUUUCCCUGGGGAUGUCGUAUUUGCUCCGUUGUCCUAUCAGGGUCUUGGACUUCCACAUCCGUUUGGUUGUCAAGUGUUUAAGCAUCUUGAGAUGUUGCUCCGACAUAUGGCCAACAGGACCAAAACUGGUGACUAUAUGGAGGCCAACGUCCAAGCCCAUCAACUUGAAACCGGGAUGUCCUUUGGACUCUUGCAACAAGUCUACACCAACACGGCGAUCCUAGCUUCAGACACGUGGAUGAAACGAGUAUGGCAUGAACUCAAAGGUUUGGACAUCUAUGUCGCCUAUGACUCUCCAGCCCUCUCCCAUCGCCGUACGGACGACUCCCUUCUGAUGGAUCUCUUCAUCAACUUGGAGGUUGAACAGGAGGAACUUUUAUGGCUCAAUUGGUGUCGAAUGUUCCUCCAGGUAUGCACAGUGUCUGACAUUGUGACUGCUGAUGGCAGGUUUAUUCGUCGCUCCGCGUGGAAUGGGCUCAGGGAUGAGUGCUGCCGCUCGCCAUACCAAUGGCCAAGGACAGUUCGCCCAACAAGGCAACACUGGGACCUGUGGCAGACCACCUUGUCCAGAGCCCUGCUUGCCUCCAACGGGCCACAUUACCAACUGCAACAGCCCUUGGGGCCAUGGACUGACCGUCUGGAGGACUGGAAUUGGUUACUGUCCCCCACCACAGGCCUUUUCCACCGCCAUGGGGCAACCUGGAAACACUUUUGCUCUGAGGGCUCCCACACCACGUCACGUCGCUACGCACCAGGGCCGUCCCUUCCUUCCUGCCCAUGGUGGACUGCACCGCUUCCUGCUGACGUUCUUCGUGCUACGGUUCACUCCAUCACAGGAUCUGACAGGGUUCUUCUCACCGGUACUGGCCGGGCCUUUGAACCGUCUGCAUGUUCCUUGCUGUUCAGCUGCUUUGGCAACAGCUGA